UCUUGUGUCUCUCACACUGCUCUCCAACUCCCAUCAGAAAUUCCUCCUCCAUAUCCAUCAGCAAGGCGCUGCCCGCCUCAAUCCCCCACCGCACCCAGCACCCCCGGCCGGGCUCUCACGCGCGGUCGCCGUGCCCCCCGUUCUUCCUCGCCGCCGGGCUCAUCCGCGCGUUCUCCUGCUGCCUGCGCAGUAUGUGGCCAUUGGUUUUCGAGGUAUGAGGUUGUCUUCAUCCUGGGAUUAGUUCAGAAAUCCUACCGCGGUGCGCACCUCGGCACGCCAUCUAGAUCCGCCGCCUGCUUGCCAUGAGCUGCGGCAGCGACGGGUGCAGGGAUGGCGGCGGCAGCGAGGAGUUCAGGCGGCAGCGCCCAAGCAAGGUCGCGGCCGAUGAUUCGGUGGAGCCCGCUCGGUGCUCCUCAGAUGCCACGUCACCGGUGUCUUGGAUUGACAGGAAGCUGCUUGUUGAUCCCAAGAUGAUGUUCGUCGGAUCCAAGAUUGGGGAGGGAGCUCAUGGGAAGGUCUACAAGGGGAAGUAUGGUGAUAAGAUUGUAGCCAUAAAGGUUCUUAACAGUGGCAGUACUCCCGAAGAAAGAGCAACUCUUGAAGCUCGUUUUAUUCGAGAAGUAAAUAUGAUGUGUAGAGUGAAACAUGAUAAUCUUGUGAAGUUCAUUGGGGCUUGCAAGGAACCAUUGAUGGUGAUUGUAAGCGAACUACUACCAGGGAUGUCAUUGAAAAAUUACUUGAACAGCAUUCGGCCCAGCCAACUAGAUAUCCAUACUGCAAUAGGCUAUGCACUCAAUAUAGCUCGUGCACUGGAAUGUCUACAUGCAAAUGGGAUAAUACACAGAGACCUGAAACCUGAUAAUUUGUUGCUUACUGCAAAUCGUAAGAAGGUGAAGCUUACUGAUUUUGGACUUGCACGAGAGGAAACCGUCACCGAAAUGAUGACAGCUGAAACUGGGACGUACCGAUGGAUGGCCCCUGAGUUAUACAGCACUGUCACGCUUCAACGUGGUGAGAAAAAGCACUAUACAAACAAAGUGGAUGUGUACAGCUUUGGCAUCGUCCUGUGGGAGUUAUUGACCAAUAAAAUGCCAUUUGAAGGCAUGUCGAAUCUACAAGCUGCAUAUGCUGCUGCAUUUAAACAAGUGCGCCCUCCUUUCCCUGAGGAGACCCCCCAGGAGCUUGUGUUCAUAGUUCAAUCGUGCUGGGUCGAGGAUCCCACCUUGCGACCGAGCUUCAGCCAGAUCAUCCGCAUGCUGGAUGCUUUCCUCAUGACAAUACCUCCGCCACCCCCUUCAGAAUCAGACGAAGAAGAGACAGAGUCAGAGGACACGACGUCGUCGCUGAGCAGCAAGAGUUCCUCGGUCUCCUCGAUCGUUUCCCGUGCGACAAGCAAGCUCUCGGUCGUCCGCCAUCUCUUUGCCUCAAAGAAGGCAGGAAAUGGUAAGACAUGAUAUGCAUGUCCUGAGACGUUCUCCUUGGUGCUGUAAAGAUGUUAGCCUAGGUCAAUGAUACAAUGGGAAGGGGAUGAUACAAGAGGGAUCUUGUUCAGUGUAGGGAUUAGCUUGUUGUAUUGAUGAUACAGAAGGAUGCUGAGAUGCAACCUAUGUAUAGCUGGCAGCUGUUUUACCAUGACUUCUAUAUGCUGCCAUGGGCAAUUCUCUUCAAUAUCUAGCCUUUAGCGCAUUCUGAUUUUGCAAUGGCAACUGAUGGCCAUUUUGUGAUCCUGACAUAUCUUAUAAGGGUAAUUGCUGAUCAAUGACUGUUA